CUCGCAUACUUUGAAAGGCAAAACUGCAUAAUGACGAUUCGUCAGAUGUCCUCAGAAAUGAUGCGCCAUUAUGUCAGUCAGAGUAUCCGUCAGAUGUACGUCCUGGUGUUUGGCCUCGAUGUCCUCGGCAACCCUUUUGGCGUGCUUCGUGGCAUGGCACAAGGUGUUGAAGACCUUUUCUACGAGCCAGUCAAAGGGGCUAUUCUUGGACCGGAGGAAUUUGCUGAAGGUGUCGCUCUCGGAGUUAAAAGCCUCUUUGGUCAUGCUGUUGGUAUGCUAUUUCAUGUCCUUUCAUCUAUUUUUCUUCCAAUCUUUACCCUGGAUAUACCAGUUUCAUUGUAUCUUGCGAAGAGGGCAUUUUAA